CACUGAAACUAUUGUCUUGUUUGGAACACUUUUCAGCUCAGAGACAGACACAAAGAUAUGGCUUCGUGGUGUGCUUCGAGGUGCUUUCAGAUUCCGGCGAUGGACGUCGCCGCACUCCGCAACCGCGCCUCCAUCGCCGCCGCCGCCGGCGUAGGGUGCGCUUCCAUUGCCGGCACCUCAUUCCUCCGCUCAUCAAAAUCAAAGCGCGCUUUGCCAUUCACCUGCUUAAGCAUCUCAACUGAUGCCAGUUUAAAGGAAGCUGUUAAAACCGAGAAGGCUCCAGCUGCAUUGGGACCGUAUUCUCAAGCAAUCAAAUCCAACAACCUUCUCUUUGUUUCAGGUGUUCUUGGCCUUGUUCCUGAGACAGGGAAAUUUGUCUCUGAUAAUGUUGAAGAGCAGACAGAGCAGAUCCUUAAAAAUAUGGGGGAAAUCCUUAAAGCCGGUGGUGCCAAUUACUCAUCGGUUGUUAAGACAACAAUCAUGUUGGCUGACUUGAAGGACUUUAAGAAAGUCAACGAGAUCUACGCUAAAUAUUUUCCAUCAACUCCCCCAGCUCGUUCAACAUAUCAGGUAGCUGCAUUGCCAUUGGAUGCAAAGAUUGAAAUUGAGUGCAUAGCAGCUCUAUAAGCAAAAUUGAAGCACCAGUUUCAUAAUAAUAAACCUUGGCCCUUAAGCAAAGUUCAGUUAAUUAAUAAUUCAAAAGGGUGCAUAUAUAUCCUAGUGUUGGAGUUUUAUUUUGGAUUUUUUUGCCACCUCUUUUGAGUUAUCAUGCUCUUGUCAUUACAAUUUGUUCUAGUUACUUGAUUAUGCGGCCAUUAAAAGUGAAAGAAACUAAGCAAACAUGUUGUUUGUUAUGCAGCUUCUUGUAGAAUUUUAUCACAUAAGAAAGAACAUGCAAUGAUGUA